AUGGGAAUCUUUGAAGCUGGAUUUGAAAAGCCGUCUCCUAUCCAAGAGGAAACUAUCCCCGUCGCUCUCACAGGUCGUGACAUUCUUGCCAGAGCGAAGAACGGAACCGGAAAGACAGCUGCCUUUGUUAUUCCAACCCUAGAACGCACCAACCCGAAAAUAGCUAAAACCCAGGCCCUUAUACUAGUGCCUACCCGAGAGCUAGCGCUACAGACAUCACAGGUUUGCAAGACGCUUGGAAAGCACCUUGGCAUAAAUGUCAUGGUCACAACCGGAGGAACCGGUCUACAGGACGAUAUUAUCCGACUUAACGACACGGUUCACAUCAUUGUUGGAACACCUGGCAGAAUUCUUGACCUUGCUAGCAAGGGCGUUGCUGAUCUAUCGGAAUGUACUACUUUUGUUAUGGACGAGGCGGACAAACUUCUUUCUCCUGAGUUCACUCCAGUUAUUGAACAACUCUUGACCUUUCACCCUAAAGACCGCCAAGUUAUGCUCUUUAGCGCCACUUUCCCGAUUAUCGUAAAGACUUUCAAGGACAAACACAUGCGAAACCCCUAUGAAAUUAACCUCAUGGAUGAGCUCACCCUCCGAGGCAUAACGCAAUAUUAUGCAUUCGUCGAAGAGAGGCAAAAAGUUCAUUGCUUGAACACUCUUUUCUCCAAACUCCAAAUAAAUCAGUCCAUCAUAUUCUGCAAUUCGACAAACCGCGUUGAGCUUCUCGCUAAGAAAAUUACCGAACUUGGAUACUCCUGCUUCUACUCUCAUGCGCGCAUGCUGCAACAUAACCGAAACCGCGUGUUCCACGACUUCAGAAACGGCGUAUGUAGGAACCUCGUGUGUUCAGACCUCUUGACUCGUGGUAUCGAUAUCCAGGCUGUGAACGUGGUUAUCAACUUUGACUUCCCCAAGAAUGCCGAAACAUAUUUGCACAGAAUUGGUCGUUCCGGACGUUUUGGGCAUCUUGGCUUGGCGAUCAACCUGAUUAACUGGGACGAUCGAUACAACUUGUACAAGAUCGAACAGGAAUUGGGAACUGAGAUCCAGCCCAUCCCUCCGUCCAUCGAUAAGAAACUAUAUGUUUACGAAACGCCAAAUACCAUUCCUCGCCCCAUCUCCAACAACCCCUCAGAGGAACAAAAAUCAGCUGGCCAGGAAAGCCAGCCUCGUCGACAAACCACCAACCCAUCCAAUGGCCAUGGACAGUACAGCUCCAACCGCGGGCAUUAUAGCCGCGGCUCAUACCGCGGUAGUCGUGGCUCCGGCCAGCGCUCAAACAACCCUGACAGCUCUAGAGCAGCCGGAAACUCACAAGCCAAUGCUGCCAAUUCAGGAACCCCUGGGUCCUAA